CCAUUCAAAUCAAUCAACCUUUUACUCAUGGAUAUCGAGUCUUCCUUGGAAAACAACCCAAACUACCGCUUCAUACCCCUUGGGCCUAAUGCCGCGGCGGGAGUCAUUGCUGCUGCUUUCAUCAUUUUAAUCUUCCCCUGGGCGUAUUUUCUUCUGCGGUAUCGUCGGUUCUUGGUCGGCGCUGUCGUACGUCUCUUGGCUUUCACUCUGAUUGGAGCUACAGGCUAUAUUCUUCGUAUCGUGUGCAAUGGCAUGAUUCCCAAUGCAAGCUCUACAUCCGACCAGAUCAAUCUCUUCAUCAAUUUGUACAUCGCUUCCAAUACUAUGACCAAUAUUGGCAACUUCUUCCUUUUCAACGCUUUGACGGCAGUCGCAAACAGUUGGAUUGAAAGCAACAGAGGGGUUACGGAAAGUGUCAGAAUUGCCUUUGAGCGUAAAAUCUACCGCUACUUCACUUUGGCUACUCUGGUGGCAUUGAUUCUCAAUAUUGUUGGUGCCUCUGACAACAGGAACGAUCUCCGCAUUGCUAGUAAUGCCAUCUUUGUUGCCCUUCUAGUCGUAUUGCUUCUCGCCAUCAUCUACUACAACUUUACCUUGGAGAUUCCUCACCACAGAGGAGAAAACAACAAUACAACCAAGAGCGCUGGCAUUUACUCUCACCCAAGUACUAUCCCACGACUUUUGUUCAUAUGCACAUUCCUGCUCUUGGUCUCGCAAGCCUACAAGUUGGCACAGUCCGUUGUACCAGUCGGUACAGUCGCUCUCACCAGUAUUCCUUUGAUCUACAUUUUGGGCCCUACUCUCAAUUUGAUUGUCUUGAUCAUUCUUACCAUCACUUGGGUUCCUGUCUUUUACAGCACCUUAUGGGAGCGUAAAGUUGCCUUUGAGCGAUCCCUGUCAGAAUAUUUGGAGCCGGGCCCAGGUGGUGAUUACCAGAUGGAUCGAAUGAAUCAGCGAGUUUAAGCGCUAAUAGCGUCCGGAGCAUGCGACAGUCUUAUGUAAAAUAGCUAUAUCUAAAGUUCUCUACCUAUGCUCUAUCAAUCCGUCCUGUACAAUUAUUCUUCAAACACCUUUCUAUCAAUGACGUACUCAUAGAAAAAUCACGAAUUAAAAUGAUGCCAUGGCAUCUUAAUAUCCUAAUGCUACAGUUGGACAAC